UAUAUAAGUCUAAGUCUAACAAUCUCCUCCAAAAAUGAUGGGAAAAAAAACAGAGAGAGGACACGGAUCAAACGGGCUGCUGUUUUGCCGGCUCAUCCUGUCCACUUGCACAUAAGUCACCGCUCACCACACCGGACACCACCGCUGCACGCGGCCGCCGCCCCUUCUUACAAGCUCGUCGCCCAUUUCUUCCUUCUUCCGCCAGAGUCCCCUCGCCGCCGGCCACCGUCUCACACCUCUCGAGUGCUGCCGGGUUUCUCCGGAGGCGUCGUCGUCGGGUGCCCAGCUUCCGCUUCGCCGCCACAUCCGGUGGUCCGGUCCUCGGCGACGACGAGCUCAGAAGCGCUACCCCUUCUCGUCGUCCCAUCCAUCCCUGUCGCCCAAGAAGCUUUCAGCCCAUCCAAUGAGGCCCAAUAGGGACUCAUCGGCCCAACAACCUAACGGGGCGCCUCCCUCCUGAUGAAAUGCUCAAUUUACAUAAAGGCCCCCAAGGUCGCAGCCCAAGCCCAACAGUAGCCCAGAAGAAUGCGAAUUCGAAGAAGGCUACACCGUGUCGUUGGGUGAGAGCGAGACUCUUCGGAGGUCUUCCCUGCAAGUUUCCAGAGCGGCAAAGCCCUAGAAACUCCACCGCCUCGUCGGCGGCGGCGGCGGCUACCAUGUCGACCCCCUCCGGGAACGGCGGCAGCGCCUCCGCGUACUACGACGUCUACGGCCAUGACGCCAAACCUGAUGUUGUUUUUAAGGAGGCUGCUUUAAACUCUACGUUAAAUCUGCAGGAUGUUCAGGGUCUAGUCACUUGGGUUAUUGGUGAUGGCAUGCUUCCUUCUUGGGUGUUUGUUAAGAACAAGCCUCUUAUACCGAAAGUCAUCCUACUAUAUGUUCCUGGCCUAGAUGCAGCUUUAUAUAUGUCACAGACGCGACUUCUUUCUUCUCUGAAAGAAUUAUGUGGCAAUCCAAAACCUGUUCUAGCUUCAAGCAGCUGUAUACCGGAUGAGAGGCAUACCAUUGAUGCACUCCUAACCUGCAGAGUAAAGAGAAAGCGUGACGUAAAAAGCUCAACUCAGCCAUCUACACUGGACGGAGAAGGAAAACUAUCAAGUCUGGAUGACCUUGGGGACAUACCAUUUCCUGUUACAUAUUACACACUUUCGGAGAAAGACUUAGAAGACAAUGGCUACUCUUUAAAUUUGUCAGGUUUUGUCCCUACUGUUUCAGCUCCUUCAGGUUCUUCUCCACAUAAAAUUCUUGCACUUGAUUGUGAAAUGUGCGUGACUGGAGCUGGAUUUGAACUUACAAGAGUGACAUUAGUUGAUAUUAAAGGAACGGUGGUGCUAGAUAAACUAGUUAAGCCUGCAAAUUCAAUCAUCGAUUACAAUACAAGGUUCAGUGGGAUCACUGCUGAGAUGUUGGCUGACGUGUCCACAACCCUACAGGAGAUUCAGGAAGAAUUUGUUGGACUUGUCUAUAAAGAAACCAUUCUUGUUGGGCAUUCUUUGGAAAAUGACCUUACAGCAUUACAGAUAUCCCAUCGUUUAAUCAUAGAUACCGCAGUUUUGUACAAGUAUAAUCGAGGUGCUCGCUGUAAGAUUGCUUUGCGUGUCUUGACAAAAAAAUUUCUCGGCCGGGAGAUCCAAAACACUGGAUCUGGGCAUGAUAGUGUGGAAGAUGCAAGAGCUGCUCUAGAACUUGCUCUAUUGAAAAUAAAAAAUGGUCCUGAUUUUGGCUCUCAACCAUCAUUGGCAAGGCGGAAGUUGAUGUCUAUACUGCAUGAGAAUGGGAAAAAAUGCUCUCUUAUUGAUGACGUGUCUGUUCUCGAGCGAUAUUCAGAUACUUCUUGCAAUUCAAUUGCUGUUUUUUCGGAUGAUGAUGCACUCUCCAGAUCAAUAAAGGAGGUGAAGAAUGACAAAGUCAGCUUCAUUUGGACUCAAUUUUCGGGAUUGAUCUCCUACUUCCGCAGAAGAGCUCAAGAUCCGGAAAAGUUGAAAUCAUGUGUCGCAGAGGCUAUUGCAUUAAAAACAUGUGAUGGAAAAACUGCUUCAAAAAAAGCAAAACGUCAAAUUUGUCCUGAAUUAAAGGAAGUAUUGUGUCAAUUGGAUAAAAAGAUAAAGGAAUUAUAUGUUGCCCUACCUCAUAAUGCUAUGCUUAUUAUAUGCACUGGCCAUGGUGAUACACCUCUAGUACAAAGACUGCGUAAAAUGCUUCACCAUGAAGAAAACACAAUAGAAACUCGAGAAAGUAUUGUUCAAGCUUUGGGAGAUUUACAAGCCCAAGCAGAAGUUGCUUUGUGCUUCUGCUGUGUCAAACAUUAAUUGUAAGCAUCUUUCUGCCCUCCUUUCCCACAUGUUUUUCUGGAAGCAGAACAAUGCACCGUUCCGAAUUGUUUUGUUGACAGGUAUCUUUAAAUUGCUGUACUUAUGGACAUGACUUUAGGGAUUGAAGAAGGGUGUCAUGCAUGUAUGCUGACCUGCUGACGUGGAAACUUCUCUAUCAUAGAUUAGUAGAUUCAAUUUUGUAAAUUCCUGCUGCCCUUUUUGUCAGGUUAGGAUUAAAAGCUGUAGAUUUCAGGGUAGGGCAUAGUGAUGUAUCACUGGAACUGGAUCUACCGGUGGCAAGCUAUUGAGCAUGCCAAUAUAUUGAUCCGUAACCCUUUUCAAUUGAAUACACACAGGAAUGUAGCAAACUGAGCUGUAACAAUUGGAUUGUCGUGAUAUCAAUCAAGUUCUGCUUUUAUAGUAC